AUGUUAUGGGCUAUUGGCACAUAUCCAGUUGAACAAGACGACAAUGAUAUUGAAAUGAUUAUAUUCAUACUGAUUAACUCUAAUGAUAGAGAUCCUGACAGUCAAGUGAUUUUCGAAAAGAACAAGUACUAUGCUAUUAGUAGAAAAAUUAUUCCUGAAGAUUAUUGUAGUAUUAAAAGACCAAAAAUGACAGUUGCAACAUCAACACAUGUUGCAAUUAAUAGAAUAAUCAACAGACAAUUUAAUUCAAAUAACUAUACUAAUAACUCUCAAAUUUCAACAACAUCACCUAAUUCAACUCGAUCUAAACUUUUAGUUACACAUCAAAGUAUCUCUAAAGAUACUGAAAAAAAUCUUGAAAAUGCUAUC